UGUUGCAAGAGGUCCUGCACCCCACUGACCUGAUAAACACUGGACGAGGGAUUACUGAGUCAUAGAAGAGGCUGGCCAUCAGCAAAUAUUAACCUGCCUACAAACAAGUCCAUGGCAUUCAUUACUUGAUGCGUUACAUGUCACAAUGAAAACAACUUUAUUGCUGUUCUGCAGUCUUCUGUGUGUCGCCACCUCACAGAUAGACCGAAAUGGAGUGUGCACUGAGCCAUUCCCAGUGGUGAGCAAUGCAGAGGUGUCUGAGGAGUACAGGAAGCCCAACUACACCGAUGGCAGCCUGCUGCCCUUCUCGUGUGUAUUAGGUUAUGUGCCGGCAGGACGAAUCGUGUACUCUUGCUCCAGGACCAAAUGGGAAAGAGUCCGCAGGGGGAAGUGCCUUCCUAAACCAUGUGAACUACCAGAAGACAUGCAAUAUGGGAGUUACGACUUAGUUGAAGGAACUGACCUAGUGUUUGGAACAGUGAUCAAGUACACCUGCGACAAGGGCUACCAAAUGAUGAGUCAAUUUGACAGAAGAGUGUGUAUGCUUGAUGGAUGGAGCAACAGUUUACCAGUUUGUGAAGUUCUCACCUGUGAGUUGGGGGAAACUGACUCCAGUGUCACCAUGAGCAGAGGAGAUUCAGCUAAUGGAGAACCUGGUAAAUAUGGAGAGACACUCCACUUCACAUGUGCCCAAGACGGGAUGAGCAUAAGAGGGGAGAGGGAGGUGACUUGCACAUCUAGUGGAGAAUGGAGUGCGCCGUUUCCCAGAUGUGAAGAAAUACAAUGUGAAAAACCUUACAUACCACAAGGACAAGUUACAAACACCAAAUCAGUGUACAAGUGGGACGAUGUCCUCAGAUACACCUGUGAUGAAGGAUACAAAGCCCGUGAAGGACGAACAAAAUGCUCUAAAUUAGGUUGGAAUCCAAAACCAGAAUGUGAAGAGAACGAAUGCAUGCUACCACCUCAGGUUUCCACUGGAACAACAAGAUUACCUGCAGGCAAAAAUAUUUUCAAACCUAAAGAAAUGGUUGAGUUCCAUUGUAAGGAAGGAUAUCGGACCUCUACAUUCAAAGAGAGAGAUUCUUUCCACUGUGGAGUAGAUGGAGAGUGGCCAAAUAUACCUGAUUGUCAAGAAAUCUUUUGCUCUAGGCCUCGUGAUGUGAAUUAUCCGUAUUGGGCCUGGAGAGCCUCAUAUAGAUACAAGGAAACUUUACCGUAUAGUUGUGAUUCGAACUACAAGAGACCUGCAGAAGAUGCUACGUGUCAAGUUGAAGGCUGGAAGCCCAAACCUCUUUGCAUCAGAAAAGAAGAUUGUUACCCACCUGUCAUUGAAAAUGGGUUCGUAAAAAAGCCUUACAAGGAUACCGUGGUGUUUUCAUGCAAGAGGGGUUUCAAAUUAAAUACUGAGGGAUGGUGGCAGAAAAGCACCUGCUCUGAAGGCUCAUGGUCUUCCACACCUAAGUGUAUUGCUGAACAUCAAUGUACUGCCCCACGUGCUGUUGACAAUGUCAUUUAUCAGAAUGUGAAGGAAAUCUAUUCAGAUGGACAGUUUCAAGAGUUUAAAUGUGAACCUGGUUACACAUCAGAUUCUGGAAGAAUUAAGUGUGACAACGGACGAUGGGAGAAACCAGAUUGCAAACGAGAAAAUGGUAUGUGCAAUGCUCCACCAGAUGUUGAAAAUGGAAUCAUUGUCUCUUCAAAUGAAAAGAUCUAUAGAAAUAAGGCUACAGUGACAUAUACAUGUUAUCAGUCUUAUAAAAUUGAUGGCGGAAAUACAAUUACCUGCAAUUCAGGAAGGUGGACUGAUCCCCCGACAUGCAUUGUGCGUGACAUGUGUGAUAAGCCUAAGGGGGAAAAUAUGAAGUUAAUUCCUGAUGCUGAAGAGUACAGAACUGGAUACCCUGUGACGUACACAUGCAAGUACCCAUUCACUGCAAAACCAGGACGGGAAAUAACAUGCCUGAAUGGCAGGUGGAGUGAUGAAGUAGACUGCACAUUACCUGCAGAUUUAUGUGGUCCACCAACUGUGAAAGAAUUCUCAGAUGUAGUUGGUACGUCAAAGCAAUACUACACGCAUGGAACAUAUGUGGAGUUCCAGUGCCAGGCUGGCUACAAUAUGGCUGGGGGAAGUUAUGAGCUAUGUUGGGAUGGAAAAUGGAUUUAUCCAAUCAGAUGUAGACUAAGAAGUGGAUGAGAAGAACAUCGCAUUUGCAGAAUCUAAAGAAGUUCAAUGUUAUAUCAAACUGUCUGCAGAGCGGGGAAGAAGAAAAAUUACUAUUUUAACAUGGUACAGAACUGUGUUGACGGUAACAUGCAUUGUCCUUGAAUGUCUCUAAUACACCUAUUUAAGGAAUAUAAGAAUUCAAAGAUGAUGCUGCAUAAAACCUAUAGACAGGGAUAGAAUAACAAACACAUUCUGUAUUAAUUCUAGAUUAUAUUGACGUAACAGAUUCUAUCCUAUUCUUUGUUAUAAAGAGUUUUAAAUCA